GUGUGACGUGCCGUCCGUGUCGUCCCCGGCGAGUCAGAGCGACAGUGGGUGCGCCUCUCCUUCAGAAGGCUCUGGAGGCGGAGCAGGAGGCGGCGGCGGCGAGGUAUUGGCGCCCCUGGUGAGCCUAGGCCGGGGGGUGUCUAUGGGCACGGGGUCGGUGUCCACGUCGCCGGCCACCUCGUCAGUGUCUCCCACCUACCACCCCAGCAGCAGCAGCAGCACCAGCAGCAGUAACAGCACCAGCGGGGCGCCCCCGCCCGCCCAGGCCAUAGACCCGGCCUGGCUCACCCCCACAACCCUCACACACAACAACAACAACAACACGCUGCAUGUUGCAGAAGUGAAGGGGGAACCCGACAAUACCGCGGCCUCUGACGUGUUCGCUGACGGUCUGCCGCCUUAUAACCCGGUGGUCGCAGACAAGCACGACCUCUCUGCCUCACACCUCCAGCAGCUCUACUCCAGCACCAUGCAGGCCUACGGGGGCAACUCGUACAUGCAGCCUACAGGCUUCUACAACACCAUGCCCAGCUCCCAGUACUCCUACGGCCCAGACUACCUCCUCAGCACGACAAGAGGGCUCAACCAGAGCAGCAAGAGUACCCUGGGCUCUAACACCCUCGGGUCCUCUUGUCUGGGCUCUACGGGCUCCCUGGGGUCUGCCAGCUCUCUGGGCUCCGCCUCGGCCUCCUACCUGGCUCCCUACGGCUCCUUCGGCAGCAGUAGUGGCACUCAGGCGUGCCAGAACCCCUACUAUGGCACCUCAUACAACGCCUCCUUCGCCACUGGCAACACACAAAACUAUACGUCCACACAGCAGGGCCUGGACUCUGCUUACUACUCUGCAGCGUAUGCGGGCCAAGCGGCCGCCGCGGGCAGCUACUACUACGGCCAGGGCUACCCCAGCUACAUGGGCUCCUCCAGUGCCUCCCCCACCUCCUCUGCAGCAGCAGCAGCGGCCGCGGCCGCCUCCAACGGGCUGUCCUCCGGGCUACCGACGGCGGCGCCCACUACCCCUACAGCAACCACCUACCAGCUCACCCUCCCGCUGGAGAAUACGACCGGCUUCCAGGGCGUCGAGAGCCCGGCGUCACCACUCAAGGAUACAGCGUCCAGGUCGCGGAACGGGCGCUCCCGCCGCAGCAACCCGUCGCCGGACCCGGAGAACAAGGUGGAACGGGUGUACAUCUGGGACCUAGACGAGACCAUCAUCAUCUUCCACUCGCUCCUCACCGGCACCUACGCCAGGACUUUCGGCAAA